CAAGUGAUACCACAUCUUCAUGUUAGAAGCAGCAAGAUAAUAUAGCAACAUUGAAGAGAAUAUUGAGUUCUUUUAACUAGCUUCUCCUUGGGAAAAGAAGCAUGUGAAACGCAACCUUCAAAUGAAAGUACUAAAUACCAAUUAUCAAUUACAUUAUACAAUUAUCAGCUCCAAACUAAUAGGCUUAGAGUUUUCCUUAUCCACUAGUAUAAAAUGGGGGUGAUGUAGCAAUGGAAAUUUCAUCAUUCAUUCAACACAAGUAGUUGAACAAUUAGAGAGCGGCCAAUUAAUAAGCAUAUAUACUGAGAGAUACUACCACACGUCCUUGAAAUGGCUAGAUCGACAACCCACAUUGUUGUGGGUUUGGGGAUUGUCCUGCUAAUGUUUAUAGCAUUGGCAGAGGCCAAAACUCCGCCUGGAAUAGCUGAUCAUCCAAGCCAUUCUCAUUGCUCAGAUGAUGAGAUAAAGCAAUGUAAAAAUCUUCCUCAUGUCUGUCCCAAGUUUUGUCCAAAUGGUUGCAUAACAGAGUGUCGUUCUUGCAAGCCCAUUUGUGUUGAUGGCUCAGUGCCACCUCCUGAUGAUGGUGGUUCUUAUCCUUCGCCAUCUCCUCCUAAGGAAGAAACUCCACCUCCGACUCCUCCUAAGAAAGAAACCCCACCGCCGUCUCCACCUAAAAAAGAAACUCCACCUCCAUCUCCUCCAAAGGAAGAAACUCCACCUCCCUCUCCUCCAAAGAAAGAAACUCCACCUCCGUCUCCACCGAAGAAAGAAACUCCACCUCCCUCUCCUCCAAAGAAAGAAACUCCACCGCCAUCUCCACCUAAGGAAUAUACUCCACCGCCAUCUCCACCAAAGCAAGAAACUCCACCGCCGUCUCCACCUAAGAAAGAAACUCCACCUCCGUCUCCACCUAAGGAAUAUACUCCACCGCCGUCUCCACCAAAGCAAGAAACUCCACCGCCAUCUCCACCUAAGAAAGAAACUCCACCUCCGUCUCCACCUAAGGAAUACACUCCACCGCCAUCUCCACCCAAGGAAGAAAAUCCACCGCCAUCUCCUCCCAAGGAAGAAACUCCACCGCCAUCUCCACCUAAGCAAGAAACUCCACCCCCAUCUCCACCUAAGGAAUAUACUCCACCGCCAUCUCCUCCCAAGGAAGAAACUCCACCACCUUCAUCGCCACCCUCAUCUCCUCCCCCAAGUACCCCAUAUUCUCCUCCACCACCUUCAUCUGGUUCUCCACCUCCUCCAUAUUAUCCAUCACCUGCUCCUAAACCACCCACACCUAAGAAGGUCAAGUGCAAGAACAAGUACUACCCCAGUUGUUAUGCAGUCCAACACGUAUGCCCUACCUCUUGCCCUGACAGUUGUCAAGUUGAUUGUGUCUCUUGCAAACCAGUUUGUAAGUGUGACAAGCCCGGAGCUGUUUGUCAAGAUCCACGUUUUAUCGGUGGAGACGGGAUUACUUUCUACUUCCAUGGCAAGAAGGAUAAAGAUUUUUGCCUAGUUUCAGACCCUGAAUUUCACAUCAAUGCCCACUUCAUAGGAAGGAGAAAUGAGAACAUGAAGAGAGAUUUCACUUGGGUGCAAUCUAUUGGUAUCCUUUAUGGCGCUCACAAAAUCUCAGUUGCUGCAUUAAAAACAGCAAUAUGGGAUGAUUCCAUCGACCGCCUCGCUCUCCACUUCGACGGUGAACCAAUAAUCCUUCCUGAAACUGAAGGUGCAAGGUGGCAAUCUAAAACUGUACCUAUGAGCUCGAUUACAAGAAUCGGCAACACUAAUGAGAUUGUCAUAGAUGUUGAAAAUUUUCUCACUAUCACAACCAAGAUUGUGCCUAUUACAGAGCAAGAAUCCCGAGUUCAUAACUAUGGCAUAACGAAUGAUGACUGCUUUGCUCAUCUUGAACUUGGAUUCAAGUUUUUAUCUUUGAGUGAUGAAGUGAAUGGCGUUUUAGGGCAGACAUAUAGGAAGGACUACGUGAGCAAAGUUAAGAUGGGUGUUUUGAUGCCAAUAAUGGGAGGCGACAAAAAGUUUGCAGCUUCAGGACUCUUUGAUACUGACUGCUCCGUGGCUAGGUUUCAAGCAAAUGGAGAACAAUCUAGCAUUUAUAAGGCUCCGUUGAAUUUGGAGCUGCCAAGUUUGAACUGCAAUGGUGGAAUUUAUGGACGUGGAGUUGUCUGCAAGAGAUAGAAAUUAUUACUUCACCUUUUGAGAUCAUUUUCGUCAAAAUAAGGUUGUAAACCAAUAGAGUGGAGAUUCGUUAAUAAUAAUGGUCCUAAAUGGAAAGAGAAGAUUGGACCAAACCAUUUUAUGUUUAUUUAUCUAUAAGAUCUAAAUAUUUUUAUGCUUGUGAUGCAUGUAUUGUCCGCUUUGACCAAUAGGUCUCAAAUGUUUACACCAUACAGUUCAAUGCUAAGAUUGCUCCUGAA